UCCCCUCCCACCUCUGCUGCUCGCUAAUUUUUUAUGCAUUUUUCUAAAACUGUCAUGGCGAUUUGGUGUCCUUGGAAAUAAAAAGCGCCAGCGUUUUUCGGGCUUACCGGGGGGGAUGUCUGGCCGGUGUCCGAAGCAGAUGCAGUGAAGGGCUAGAAGAUGAAAAUACACAAGAAGGACAAGCAGCAGAUGUUUAGUGGUCUCCUGAAGCACACUCCACCUCCGGCCCUCGCUGCCAGCUCCGCCUCCUCCUCCCCCUCCUCCGCCUCGGACCAAAACAACCACGACGCACAGCCCACGCAACCUCCCCUACCCACAAUCCCAAGGGGUCACCUGGUCGUGGGCUCCAAAGACCAGCUCCGCCUCCUGACCCCGGUGGGCAGCUCGGCGACGUCCAAUCACUGUGCGGCAACCAUCAGAGCAUCCAAGCCCCUGAACCAAGAAGAAGACGAUGAUGACAAUGGUGGAGGGGGUAGGGUCAAGAAGAAACGCAAGAAAAAAGACAAGCGUGAACGAAUCGGAGAUGUGGAGGAGGAGCAAAGAGGAAGCAGUAAACCAAAGAAACGCAAAGAGGAGAAGGAGAGGGGGCCAACGGUGGUGGUGCUGAGUCCGAGGAAGGCCAAGGAGCCCAAGGAGAGGAAGGAGAGGAAGAGUAAAACCAAGGAAGCUAGAAAGGACAAUGGGACGGGGGUUAGGCACGUAAAUGCCGUAGGUCCCGGGGCGGCGGUGGCUCCCAUCAAAAUUCCCGGGAAAAGAGGGCGCAAACCCAAGAUUAAGAUCCUACCUCCUAUACCGCCAGGGCAAGGUGCCCCAGCUCCUCCCGUCCUAUCCAGCAAGGUCUCUGGACACCACCAAGCUUCCCCGGCCAAGGGCAACGGUCCGGCCCACCACCGCGCUCCCCCCUCUGGCCCCAAACAGCGCGGACGCAAGCCUAAAGCGGCUGGUUCUCUGCCGGUGGAGAAGAAGAAGAAGGGGAAGAGGAGAAAGGAGGAGCUCCUUUUAGAGGCUGUGGAAAGUGAUGACACCACGUCCACGUCAGGCCUCACUGUGGGGGGAGAGGACAGCCAGGACCCUCUGGACAGCAGCAAGCGGCGUUCCGGGCGGCAGGUGAAGAGGAGGAAGUACAAUGAAGACCUGGACUUUAAGGUGGUGGACGAUGACGGGGAGACCAUCGCAGUGCUGGGGGCUGGGAGGAUCUCUGCUCUCAACGCCACAGCUCUGGCCUGGCAGGCAGAGGAACCGCCAGAGGACGAGGCCAACAUCAUAGAGAAAAUCCUGGCUGUCAGACCAGUGAAGAAAGAGACUUCAUCAACAGAGGACCAAUCAGAGGAGGCGGAGGAGUUCUACGUCAAAUACAGAAACUUUUCGUACCUGCACUGUAAAUGGGCCACUCUGGAGGAGCUGGAGAAAGACCCAAGGAUCCACCAGAAAAUCAAACGCUUCAGGACCAAACAGGCCCAGAUGAAGCACCUCUUCACUGAGCCUGACGAGGAUUUGUUUAAUCCCGACUAUGUGGAGGUGGACCGAGUGCUGGAGGUGGCUGUUACCACGGAUACAGAGACAGGAGAGGAGGUGACACACUACCUGGUGAAGUGGUGCAGUCUGUCUUAUGAGGAGGCCACGUGGGAACUGCAGGAGGAUCUGGACCCAGAGAAAGUCAAAGAGUUCCAGGAGAUCCAGAAGCCGCCCUCAGACCUCCGGCAUGUGGAGCGUCCACCUCCAGAGAAGUGGCAGAAGUUGGAGCGUUCCAGAGAUUACCGUAAUGGGAACCAACUGCGGGAGUACCAGCUGGAGGGCAUGAACUGGCUCCUCUUCAACUGGUACAACAGGAAAAAUUGUAUCCUGGCCGACGAAAUGGGUUUGGGGAAGACAAUCCAGUCCAUCACUUUCCUGUACGAGAUGUUCAGUCUGGGCAUCAGGGGGCCGUUCCUCAUCAUCGCCCCCCUCUCCACUAUCACCAACUGGGAGAGGGAGUUCAGGACCUGGACCAACAUGAACGUCAUAGUGUACCACGGAUCGCAGAUUAGUCGCCAGAUGAUCCUGCAGUACGAGAUGUUCUACAGGGAUGCACAGGGUAACACUAUCCCCGGCGGGCUGAAGUUCCACGGGUUGAUCACCACUUUCGAGAUGAUCAUGGCCGACUGUCCUGAGCUGAAGAAACUCAACUGGAGAUGUGUGGUCAUUGACGAGGCGCACAGGCUCAAGAACAGAAACUGCAAACUCCUGGAAGGGCUCAAACUCAUGAACCUGGAGCAUAAGGUGCUGCUGACUGGGACCCCUUUGCAGAACUCUGUGGAGGAGCUCUUCUCUCUGCUCAACUUCCUGGAGCCGCUGCAGUUUCCCUCCGAGAGCGCCUUCUUAGAGGAGUUUGGAGACCUCAAGACCGAAGAACAGGUGAAGAAACUCCAGGCCAUUCUGAAGCCCAUGAUGCUGAGGAGGCUGAAGGACGACGUGGAGAAGAACCUUGCGCCCAAAGAGGAGACAAUUAUUGAGGUGGAGCUGACCAACAUCCAGAAGAAGUAUUACCGAGCCAUUCUAGAGAAGAACUUUUCAUUUCUGUCCAAAGGAGCCAACCAGCACAACAUGCCCAACCUCAUCAACACCAUGAUGGAGCUGCGCAAGUGCUGCAACCACCCCUAUCUCAUCACAGGAGCGGAGGAGAAGAUCUUGGAGAGCUUCCGGAAGAGCCACAGUCCAGAUGCUCCGGACUUCCAGCUCCAGGCCAUGAUACAGGCUGCGGGAAAACUGGUGCUCAUCGACAAGCUGCUGCCCAAGCUGCUGUCAGGAGGCCACAAGGUCCUGGUCUUCAGCCAGAUGGUGCGCUGCCUGGACAUCCUGGAGGACUACCUCAUACAGAGACGUUACACAUACGAGCGAAUAGAUGGUCGUGUGAGAGGAAAUCUACGCCAAGCCGCCAUAGACCGCUUCUGUAAACCCGACUCAGACCGCUUCGUGUUCCUGCUGUGCACCAGAGCCGGAGGUUUGGGCAUCAACCUCACCGCUGCAGACACAUGUAUCAUCUUUGACUCUGACUGGAACCCACAGAACGACCUGCAGGCCCAGGCGCGCUGUCACCGGAUUGGUCAGAGUAAAGCAGUGAAAGUUUAUCGCCUCAUCACAAGAAACUCUUAUGAGAGGGAGAUGUUUGACAAGGCCAGUCUCAAACUGGGACUGGACAAGGCCGUGCUGCAGGACAUCAACCGCAAAGGCAGCCUCAACGGGGUGGCGCAGUUGUCCAAGCUGGAGGUGGAAGACCUGCUGAAGAAGGGUGCGUAUGGAGCCCUGAUGGACGAGGAGGACGAAGGCUCCAAGUUCUGUGAGGAGGACAUCGACCAGAUACUUCAGAGGAGAACCCAGACCAUCACCAUCCAGUCUGAGGGCAAGGGCUCCACAUUCGCCAAGGCCAGUUUUGUGUCGUCUGGAAACAGAACAGACAUUUCUCUAGACGACCCAAACUUCUGGCAGAAAUGGGCCAAGAUCGCUGAGGUGGAGAUCGACUCCAGGUCUGAGAAGGAGUCGCUGGUGAUCGACACUCCGCGCGUGAGGAAGCAGACGCGUCACUAUAACUCGUUUGAGGAUGACGAGCUGAUGGAGUUCUCGGAGCUGGACAGUGACAGUGAGGACAGGCCGUGUAGGACCAGGAGGCUGGGGGAGCGGGGCCGGAGGUACCUGAGGGCCGAGUGCUUCAGGGUGGAGAAGAACCUGCUCAUAUUCGGCUGGGGUCGGUGGAAGGACAUCCUGAACCACGGGCGAUUCAAAUGGCAUCUUGCAGAGAGAGACAUGGAGGUGAUCUGCCGGGCUCUGCUUGUGUACUGCCUCAGACACUACAAAGGAGACGACAAGAUCAAGAGCUUCAUCUGGGACCUGAUCGCUCCCACCAAAGACGGACAGGAGGACCAGACCCUGCUCAAUCACUCCGGUUUGUCGGCCCCGGUUCCUCGCGGAAGGAAGGGGAAGAAGCUGAAGACCCAGGGGGGAGGGGAGGUGGAGAACGCAGACUGGCUGGUUCACUGUAACCCUGAGCUGGUGCUGCAGGACGAGAGCUACAAGAAGCACCUCAAACAGCACUGCAACAAGGUGCUGUUGAGAGUGCGAAUGUUGUACUACCUGAAGGUGGAGGUUUUGGGAGAAGCAGCCACUCAGGCGCUGGAGGGGGUCCCUGCCAGUAAACUGGAGGUCACUCUCCCGGACAUCGACUACAUUGAGAUUCCGGCCUCAUGGUGGGACGCAGACGCCGACAAGUCUCUGCUCAUAGGAGUGCAUAAACAUGGUUAUGAGCGUUACAAUGCGAUGCGAGCAGACCCAGAGCUGUGCUUCCUGGAGCGGGUGGGGAUGCCUGAUGUCACUGCUCUGUCGGCUGAACAGGGAGGAGUUGAGGCCAGUGGAGACGCUACAGACAGUGGCAAAGCAGAGGAGACGAAGGAGGAAGCCGAGAGCAAACCUGAUGGAGGAGAGGAGCGUGAGGAGAAUGGAAAGGGAGGAGAGGAGACCUGCUCCAGUACAGACACCUCGGACAAACCUGACAGCACAGCCCCGGAACCUCCUUCUGUUCCAGACUCUCAGACCCAGCUCUCCUUAGACCUCAGCGCUCAGGAUGCUACUCUUGUUACCACGACGACCACCGGGACCGGGAUGGGCGUGGCUGCUCUCCAGUUGGUGCAGACACGCCCACUCUGGCCCACUGGCCCCGCCCUCACGGCCCGUCUGAGGCGCCUGAUCACGGCCUACCAAAGGUUCACCCUGCGCCGGGAGCCAAUGCUACGCCACGACUUCCUGCUGCAUGAUGGACUGGUUGCCAUGGGGAUCGGAGGAGGGGCGGGGCAUCACGGGCCGUUGGCGUGGCAACUGGGGGAGGAGCUACGGAGGUGUACGGUGGUGCCAACCGAAGCUGACCCGCUGUUCCUAGAGUGGCAGAGAAGAUGGACGCGUCGGGAGCAGGCAGACUUCUACAGGACCGUGUCCUCCUUUGGGGUGGUGUUUGACCCAGAGAGGAAGGCGUACGACUGGUCCCAGUUCAGAGCUCUGGCCCGGCUGGAACGCAAGACCGACGAAAGCCUGGAGAGAUACUUCAACUCUUUUGUCAACAUGUGUCGGACCGCCUGCAAACUGCCCCCCAGGAAGGAAGAAGGUCUAGUGGACCCUGCGCUGGUUGUGGAGCCUCUGACAGAAGAGAGAGCUGCUAGGACGUUGUACCGAAUUGAGCUGUUACGAAAGAUCCGGGAGCAGGUCCUCCGACAUCCUCUCCUCUCUGCCCGCCUGCAGCUGUGCCGGCCCUCCCUGUACCUGCCCGUGUGGUGGGAGUCCGGCAAACACGACCGUGACCUCCUCCUGGGGGCAGCCCGGCACGGACUCAGCCGCACUGACUUCUAUAUCCUCAACGACCCCCAGCUCAGCUUUCUGGAGGCCCACCGCAACUAUGUCCGAGGCCACCCCACAAACCCCCACCACCCCGGGCUAGCUACUCACCCCGGGAUCCCUCAGUCUACCACUCAGAUGCCCCAUUGCUGCAUGUACGAUUCGGGUAUCCAGCCUCCAGACUACCAUGCCGCACACCAGCAGACUCAGCAUCACCCAAUAGUGCCUUCUCCAGCUCCACAGCUAGACCCCCAUGACCCCACGCCCUCGAGCCUGGGGAUGGUCCCUGGGACACGGGCAGCCGACUUCAUGGACUGUCCCCCCCUGGAUGAGUCCCUCGAGCUCAGUUCGUUGCAGCACGACGCAGAUGGUUUGCACGGAGGGAAAGGAUCUAAAGACGCUCUGAAUGGGUUUCCCUUUAAUUCAGCGGCUGGGGGCCAGAGUAUGUUGAAUUCAUACGGAGUGGGCGGGGCAGAUCUGGACUCUAAGCUCAGGAGUGACGUGUUGGUGGGUGAGCAGGGGUCGUCAGAGGAGAGUGGACUCAUGGCUCCUUCUGUAGAGCUCAACCAGAUACAGGCUCCUUGGGACAGCACAGAGACCUCCAGUCCGGCUCAUCAUAUGUUCAACGAGUCGGACCCAAUCCUGGGCCCGUCAGGUCUGGAGCCGGGCUUCCUGGAGGAGGAUGAGGAGGACACGAGGGGGGCAGACCGAGCCGAGGAGGGGGGAACACUGGAGGAGUGUCUGGGCCUGCCCCCGUCUGCCUCCCCCUCUCACCCCUCUGCUGGAGAUGCUUCUACUUACAUGCUCUUUAAGGAUAUUGGCGUCACCGAGGAACCCAGCGCAGACCAAACCGACCUAUCAGCGAGCCCUCCUCCUCCUUAUGUCCCGCCCCCUCCGCUGUCUCUCUCUGACAUCACUGACCAGGCACAGGAUAGGCUGGACCAGAGUGAUGUUACAGAGAGCCUGACCAAUCCCGUGGAGGAGGGGGAGGGACAAGAUGGAGGCACAGGGUUCGAGUUUGACAAGAAAGAAGAUGAGGAAAUGCAGAGAGAUCCUGAGAGUAAGGAUGUGGAUGUUGACCCAGGUACAGACCCAGACGUGAUGAUGGACGUAUCCAACCCACUUUCCGAGGACCUCCAAGGCACCUACAGCGAAACAGUGGACCCCUUUAUGGGCAAGCUGGACCAGGACAGCUCCCUAGCCUGCUCCGAGUCCCUGGGAGAACCCGGAGAAGACGUAGACCAAAUCAUGCUGUACCAACCCAUGGAGACCGGAAACCCCCUCAACGAAGACGUGCUGAUGGAUAACGCCACGGAUGACUUUUUAGAACCAAAUCUCAAAGAGGAAUGUACAAUGCAAAACGCGGAAUUAGCCAGUGACGUAGAUGCUAUUUCAGAAGGCCAAGCAGAUCCGGUAUCGCUAAUGGAAGUUCCAAUGUUGCAGCCAGAUGAAGAAAUUGGAGAAAAGGUGGUUCAAGUCAAUGAAUCAGACUUGGAAGAAAAUUCUGUAGCCAAUGCCGCACCAACUAAUGGCAAAACUGAAAUCAAAAAUGAAGUAUCCAUUGACGAGGAUGAAAAAAAUAAUUUUGAAAGUGAAAUCAAGCCAGAUCCUACCCUUUUCCAAAACAGUUCAGAUUUUUCAAACUUUUUAGCAAAUGAAGACGUUGAGAAGAAGCCGCAAGAACUGCCAAUCAAAAUGGAGGAUGCAAAGCAAGAAGACGUAUUCACAAGCUACGAGGACGCUGUGGAAACGAAACCGCUAGCAUGUUCCAUAAAAUCCGAAAUGUCCACUAAAGUUGAGCAGUUAGACUUUCCGAUCAAGGACGAAGACACCAAACCGGAAAAUUUGAGUUUGAAACAAGAGAGUGUGGACAGUAAGGCAAACGUAUUCCAGUUAGCUUACUCAGAUGAAGUUAAGAGUGAAAUCAAGCCAUUGGAAUUGCAAUCUUCAUUUGCAGAUCUCAAGACUGAAGCAAAACCGGAAGAUUUGUCAAUGUUUGCAGAUAAUGUUAAAUCGGAGAUGAAAACUGAGGGGUUGGAGCUGACCGCGUGUCCAGAUAGCACUGAGGUGAAAGCCGAAAGCAGGGAUGAGGGGUUGGAGAUGGUGAAAGGGGAGGCCAAACAGGAGCUACUGGAGGCAGACAGUACAGUGAUGACCCCCAGGAUGGAGCAGGCUGGAGGGGUGAACGAAGGACCUGAGAACCUGUGCAAGAGUCAAGUGAAAGAAGAGCAACCCAAUACUCCAGCCCCUGUGCUGGAGGGCUACAGUGGCAGCCCCCGCUUUGCCACCCCCAUGUCCAUGUGUGACAUCCCAGACGGCCUGCACGACUCCAGGGAGAGAGAGCCCACCAUCGCCCAGCUGCUCCAGGAGAAAGCGCUCUACUCCUUCUCCGAGUGGCCCAAGGACCGUGUGAUCAUAAACCGCCUGGACUCUAUCUGCCAUGCCAUCCUCAAGGGCAAAUGGCCCUCCUCCAAUGAACAGUAUGACUCUCCCGGGGUGCUAGCCGCUAACUCUUGCCUGGCUAACAGCUUGGCUCAGCACCAUCAGCAGCAGCAGAGGGCCGGGUUCCUGUCCACCACUCCAGUCUCUGUACCAGGACAGUCCCGGGUCCAACCACCACCUGCAGGACUCAGCUUCCCCCUGCCCCCUCCCCUCACCAGGCUGCCUAAGUUUGUGUCGCGGGGCGGGGCAGUCGGGAGGGGCGGAGCUUGGCGCCUCACCUCGUUGCCUCUGUUGCAGGAGAGGCUGGUGGCUCCUCCCUAUCUGCCCGAGCUCAAGCGAGGGGGAGGGCGCCGGCCCUUUGACUAUGAAGCCGCCGCUAAAGCCCUAACUGGUAAGAUGACGCCCAGCUCCACCAAUGAGAAGGCAGCAAGUAUAGUAGCUCCGCCCACGCACCGUACACCGCCAAUGUUGAUCAACGGCUGGCAGGAGACGGCCAUGGACUUGACCAAGCCCUCAGGAGGUGACCAGGAAGAGGGAGGAGGUGCCAAAAAGCUAGCUCCACCCCCCAUCUCUGCACCAUUGCCAGGACUGGACAUGGCGGGCAUCUUGCAGGCCGGCCUUAUUCACCCAGUUACAGGGCAGAUAGUGAACGGCAGCCUGCGCUCUGAUGACGCUCUGAGGAGGAGGAGGGGCAGGAGGAGGAACGUGGAGGCGCUGUACUCUGAGUUCACCAAAGGCAGAGGGCUGACACCUGAGGCACAGGCUCGCGUUGAGGCUAUCAGCCACUCCACUGUCUCUUCCUCCACCUCCUCUCCCUCCCCCUCCCCGUCGGACCGCCCCCCUGGCCCACCCACGCCCUCUUCCUCCUCCACCCCGACCCCGCCCACUCAGACCCCCCCACAGCCUGAGAUUGUGGCCAUUGACCGGGAGGCAGCAAGCAAAGGCCUCAUUGAGUGGCUCAGGCAGAAUCCUGGAUACAGCAUGGAUCUGCCUGCUUUCGCCCAUACUCCAGGAGCCAGUGUGCUGCAUGGUUUUAUAGAGCGUCCCAAACAGAGGAGGCACCGCUGCAAAGACCCCACCAAGCUGGACGUGAACUCUCUGACUGGAGAGGAGAGGGUCCCUGUGGUGCACCGUGGCACCGGACGCAGGCUAGGGGGUGCUAUGGCUCCAGCGAUAAAGGAGCUGUCCCGGUGGCUGGAUGCUAACUCUGAAUACUUUGUGGCUCCGGACUGGGCAGAUGUGGUCAAACAUUCUGGAUAUCUACCUGAAGGGAAGUUCUCCCGCAUCCUGACUGAACCAGUGAACCGGGACGCAGCCAGACGCCGUGGUCGUCGUCCCCGCAGUGAGAUGCCCAAGCCCCUGCUCUCUGUAUCGGACGCCUCACCUACCACUCUGGGCCCCCCUAUAUUCAUGAACGGAGGGCUUAUCGGCAGUGUGGACACUAUGGUGGCUAUGCAAAAUCUGCGCGGAGCUGCUAUCCCCGGGUUACCUAUAUCGGGCAUCAUGGCAGCUGGCUUUCCUCAUGGCUUCCCUGGGACUUCUUCAUCACCAGAAGAUGCUAAAAAUGGCCUGAGCAUGCUACCAAUGAUGCUACACGGUAUACCACAUGGCGCCGCUAUACCGCAACAUGCUAUGCUAAGUGUUGGUAUGAUGGCACACGCUCCUCCGCCACCUAAAGCUGCUCAGUCUGAAUCAGCUAGCCCUACUUCUUCGACUACAGAGAAGGAAUCGUCUUCAGGUGCGGCUGAAAAGGAUACAAGCAAAGAUGAAUCUGGAGAAGGAAGUCUAAAAGCUACAACAACCACAGCAGCAGCAAUAGUGGAGCAAGCCGCAAUUAUCACCUCUACCAGUAGGGGGCAUAUCGGAGCAGCGCACAUCGGAACAAGCGCAAGUAGCCAUCUUACGUUUAACCCUUUCUUAAUACCGGGAAUGUCGCACGGUUUGCUGUACCCGCACAUGUUCCUUCCGCACGGGGGCAUCAUGGCACUACCAGCUAUGCCCCCCGGAGCGGUGGACGGGUCCCCGGGAAGCCCAAAAAGGAGGCGCAAGAAAGAGGAGGAGAAAGGAGACGAAGGAAAGGAACUCAAAGCCGACGCUAGCUCACAGCCGGUUAGCCAGACGCCGCCUCCUGCUAGCUCCUCUGCGAAAGACGCAAGUGAAAGUAUUGAAACGCAGGGGGCAACAGAGAGUCAAGACUCGCAAGAGCGCACAGAGGAGGCAACAUCGGAAGAAGAGAGAAGGCAGGAAGUGGUAGAGGACCAGAGACAAGCAAACGGAGAGGAAGGCUAAAAAUAUCCAAUCUACUUUCUUGUAAAAUUUGUGCCGUGUCUGUCAGUUAAUGUCCAUGUAAAGAUUUUUUCAAUAUGGCAGUUCAACAAUGAUAAUGUCUUACUCGGUCAUGUUUAUAAAGCCACCUCUCUCACCACUUCUUCUCCUUGUAUACAGAUACUAGUGCAAGAGACAGAAAUACAACAUCAGUGUAUUCUUUCCAUUCUGCAUCAACAAAAUCAGAUCAGGACAGAAGGAAAAUACUGCGACCAAGAUGGCGGCAGUGACAUAAACAUUGUACUCUAAGUGAACUCUUGUUUAUUGGACUUAAAGGACUUAUGAAAACACAUUUCACCACAUCAUGGGAUUUUUUUUUUUACUUUAUCAGUACAUUUAUUUGAUUUCCUGGCACACUCCAAUGUUCCAACCAAGUGCAAUGUCGCAUACUGAGGAGAAGGCAGAACCAGCAUUCCUAUAAAGACUGUGGAAUAUAUUGUUAGCUAAUGUUAUUGGUGAAAAUGAUGAAAACUCAAAGUGCAUUGUAAACCGUGUAUGUUGUCCCUAUUUGCAGUAAUCUUGACUUGUCAAAACACAGCAAGAUAUUUGAAAAGUAAUGAUCUAUUAAGUAAUAUUUAAGGUAUAAUAUGUGUUGUCUUCAGUAAAUGUCAUUUUUCUCAACUUAAAACCAGCAACAUUUAUAAGCUCUAACCCCCGUCUUAUUCAUAUUAUAAC